CACUGCGACACUCCUGAUUACUAUUCCAGUCGACGUGCACUGGGCAUUCUUCGCAAUAGCAUUCCGAAAGCUGUCGUCGUUCUUCUCGGGCCAGUACACAUCGCUUCAUCUUACGAGCUGCAUAUAAAUCUUCCCAGGCCGCGAUGCCAUUGCUUAGAAUCUGUGUCCACGAGAAAAUACCGAACGCUGGUCGGAAAAUGGCGUGAAGUUUUCGUUCACGUUCAGAAUGAGUUCAACAGCUUGCACCACAAAACAUUUGGAGUUUUGGCAAUUCCUCGACUUCCAAUUCAUUCCAGAGAUCCGGAGUCUCUACUAGUACCAGGAAAGACGCUACUAAACAGAAAAGGCCAUACCUAUGCGGCGAAAUGGAUGUGGAACCGUCUAAUGACUGGACCAAGUUUCAACUAUUCAAAUUCCAUAUUUUCGCAAGAUUCUUAUUACUGCCCUUCUGUCGGUUGUCCUUAUUUUCGAACCGUACAAAAUCUGGAACGCUGUAGUGUCAUCUCUGAGUGGGAAUAUCAGCAAUUGCAUGCAACAACACGGCUUCCGGUGAACGGAACUACCAAGGUACCCCAUCGAGUGAAAGUCCGUAAUAACUUGGUUGGGAUCAUAGCCUUGGUAGUGCUGCUGUCUCUCAUAUCAGUCAGUGUUCUCGGUACAUUCUUCUAUUGUCGUAGCAAACAGGCCACAAUGGGACGAUUUCAAAUCAUGCCUACCGAGGAUGCAGGAGUCUCAGAACCAAAAGCAUAA